AUGGCCUCCCAGCCGAUUCUGUCGAUGCUCGACGCCGAGCCGCUCGUUGACGACAAAUCGAAGCCCAGGAGAACCACGCUCGACGACUAUGUCCACCUUAGCUGGUACUGUUUUCGAGUACUCCUUUUCGCAGAGUUCGUCUUGCUGUCGGUGAUGGGCAAUAUGGUCUACAUGGUCUAUGCAGGCGCUGCCCCGCGACGAGUCUCAUGCCUUCAAGACGACGCUUACAUCGAGAACAUCUGCAAGAUGAACAUCUCGCAUCGAGAGCUGACGAAUUGUACCUACGAGACGGAGUACGAGUUUCGAUCAGUGCAGAUAGAUUUUGAAUAUUUUUGCGGCGACUCGUCGUACGUGAAAUCCAGCAUCUCGGCACAAAUGUUGGGCGUUCUUGUCGGCGCGCUUUGUUUCGGCCAUCUUUCCGAUAAGUAUGGGCGGAAAAAAGUGCUAAUGUACUGCUUCCUGCUGUGCAUCGUCUUCCAAGUGGCCACCGUAUUCGCGCGUACACUGUGGAUGUUUACGGUACUCCGCGCGAUUGUCGGAUUCUUCAAUGGAGGCCAAAUGACAAUUUAUUCCGUCUACAAAAUUGAGCACACGCCGAAGAAUCAUCGGGUCUGGAUCACGGCACUCAUUUCUUUUGCCCCAAAUUUUAUUUUGAUGAACGGUAUUGCGUGGCUGUCCCACGACUGGCAAAGUUUCCAAAUCGCCCUCGUCAUCGUCUCCUUCCCGGCACUACUCAUAUCCUUCUUCCUCUACGAAUCUCCGCGUUGGCUGCUGGGCCGUGGCCGAAUCGCCGAGGCCGAGCAUAUUUUGCUCAACAUCCAGCGAAUCGAUGGGAAAACGGAGCAUCGCGAAGAGCUGACCAGCCUGUUGCAAGCAGAAUUUGAGAAAGCCGAAGCGCGCGAGAAAAAGCAACAAAACUACAGCAUCAUCGACCUGUUUUCCACGCAAAAAAUGGCCGCCGUCACCAGCACACUUUGCAUGGGAAUGCUUUUCACAAGCAUGAUCAACUACGGCCUAAUGUUCAACCUCGAAAAGUUAUACAAAAAGUGCGGGCGGAAACUGUUCCACUUCAUCGCCCAGGCCAGCUCAUGUUUCUGUUUAUGUGUCGUGGCCGCCGUGCAUUUGCUGGGGAUGUCCCACGAGUGGUCAAUGUUUAUCCGAGUAGCCACUAUCGUCGCCACAGCCGUAUGCUCACAGGUGUACCUCUCGAAAGGUAUCGCGGCAAUGGAAUACUUCCCCUCUGUCAUCCGGAAUAUCGGCAUCUCAUUCAACUCGACCCUCAGCCGAUUGGGAACGAUUCUGGCACCACAAAUGUUUAUUUAUUUCACCUGGAAACCACUGCCCUUCAUUAUCAUGGCCGUCAUGGCCGCGCUAGAUGCAAUUUCUUUCCAGGCAGUAAUCCCGGAAACAAAGGGCCGAGCCAUGCAAGACACGAUGCCGGAAAAGGCGGAAAAACGCUCGGAGACAUCC